AUGUCUGUUCUUGAGGAGCAGAUCUCCGACACUGUUGGAUUUAAGUUAUGCACCAAAGAGGAGGGCAUUGCUGUUUUCUCACAAGCCAUCGAAUUGGAUCCAGUAAGAGAUAAACAAUUGAGUCUUUUAGCAGUGGGUAACCUCACAGGUAAAAUAGCACUUUCCAAUGUGACUAGUAUCAAGAUUGGUAAGACUAGUCAAUUCCAUCCCAAAGAACAAGAAGAAGACGUCGACGAGUUAGAUAUAGGCUCUUUGAAGGUUGUGCAUGGUUCUGGUAAAAUCAGGGAGGUUAAAUUUAACGCCACAGAGAAAAGGUUAUGGGUCCUAGAAGACGACAAAUUGGCAUAUAUUUCAUUAAAGAAUGAUCUUGAAGAAACGAAGUUGGAAUUAGAAUAUACAAGAUUCACCGAGAUUAGUAGCAUUCUUCCUCACCCUAUAAUAUCGGGUCACUUGGCCUUCGUAACCAAUGAUAAUGUAUUGCACGUGUUGCCUAAUUGUGAAGAGGGAAACUCAAUAGAAGUUUUACAAGAUGUCCGUUGUUUUGCAUGGGCCAUGGAUGGGAAGUCACUUGUCGCUAUGAAGAACUCAAACGAGAUCUAUGUGUUCAAUGUUGAUGGUGAGAAGAAGAAUGCCUUGACUGUAGACACUUCGGUUGCAUCUGACCUCGAUUUAAAUGUUGAUACUCUUGUCCCCUGCUCUAUACAAUCGUUGUCUAAUGAUAAAUGGCUUGUCGUGUACGAUGGAGAAGAUGCUUCUCCAGAUGAUCACCAUAUAGCCUCUUUUGUGGUAACUACGAGUGGUGAACCUGAAACAACAACAACAACAACAACAACAAUAGCAGCAGAGAUUCUUUUACCGGGAUUUGACUCUCAGAGAUGUACCAGUUACUAUUCACAAUCUUUACCUAACUGGUCGCAGAACUAUCCUAGUCUAGCUUUAGCUACAUCUUCCCUUGCCACAGAAAUUGUUGUGCUUAAUAUGGGAAUUAAGGCUCUGUUUAUUACUCCAGAUGAAGAUUUAUACCGUACAAUAUUCCCCAUGAACGAUACAACUGAGGAAGACACCAAUGCUCUUGGUUUUGCAGUUGACUUAACUGGCACACAUCUCAAGGUUAUCCAACCUUGGGCAGGUUUGGAUGAAGCAGUUGGUGUUUUGCCUAUAGCCUGGGUAUUAUUAGACACAGGUCGUUUAAGUGGGUGGUAUCUUGUCGAUAAGCAAGGUAUACAAAAUCUGCAAUUGAGCUUAUUAGGAACACUCGGGAGCCAUGAAAAGGAGGUUAUAUCCGGUGAUUUGGAAUCAGAAAACAGUGAUGUUGAGCUUGGAAGGAAGAAUAGUAAUCCUUUUGCAUCCUCAGCCUCGGAAGCAAAUCCAUUUGCACCCUCCAAAACGUCUCCUUUUGGAACCAUCUCUACCGAAGGCAAUCCCUUUGCCUCAGGGUUUGGUAAAACCUCUGCACUGGAUUCUUUGAAGGACGCAAGCGCUAGCUCAGCUAUAACCCAUCAGGACUCUGAAAAGAAACCCUCACCUUUUGAUACUAUGAAGAAAGAUUUAAUAAUUGAAACUCUGGAAGUAUCUACAAAGGAGAGCUCACCAGUUGAUGAGCCUGGGUCCACAAUCUCGACCAAUUCUCCUUCAAACAAUCAAAAUGCUAACUCCAAUGGCUCAACACCUUAUGCUGUACCUGUUGACGCAGCCCUGGAAGUUGGAGUCGAAUCAGGAAAUGAAUCGCUGAUAGGAAUAGAAGUAGUUCCAACUGGUUCAUCUAUGAACUUUCUCAAAAAAGAAGCUGAUUCGUUAGAGGAUGGGCAUAACAGUAAAAGCAUGGGUUCUCCAGGUAAUCCUAAAGGAUUUAUCACUAAGAAUCAAUUUACUAUGAGGAAUUCAAGUCAAAAUUUGUCAAGCUUUUCUGUAAGUCUGGUAAAGUCUGGAGAUUUUGAAAAUACUCAUCCCAAUAUACAAAUUGAGCUCUUAGCAGGAGCAUCUGAUAAGAAGGAAGGGUAUAUUGAAAGUCUUGAUGAGAGCGAAAUAUCUGCAGAAGAACCACCUGAGGAGACGGAAUCGAGUUCCGUAACCGAUUCCGUUCAAGAACCAUUUGAAGUGCUUGGAGAACCAACCCUUGACGUUGAAGAAGAUUCAGAUGGCUCUAUUGAGGAGACAAGUGAGUUUGAAAAGAUCCGCUUUAGUGGGCCUAGACCACCAGUUUCCUACAGUCGUUAUGACGGACCAACUAAAGAAUUACCUAGAAGCAAUAAUGAGAUCUAUGAUAUGAUGGUUCAAAUAUACAACCAUACUGAAGGGCAAUUAAAGGUUUUGCACAUGAACACCAGAAGUUUUGAAAAGUUUGUUAAGAGUAAUGAACAAAAGGAUUACUCAGAUAAUUUUAGCAAAGACUUGGCGUCGUGGAGAUUAGCAUGGUGUGAAAUGUUCCAAGAGAUUCUUAUAGACUUUUCCUCUGAAGUUUAUGAUCUUGCGACGAUCUUGAAAGCGCAAUUGACGAAAUCUGAAAAGGUGAAAAAAAAUGCCAAUGAGCUUCGUAAGGGGGUAGAAGAGAUUCAAAAGAUGUUGGCAUUCAUUGCAAAGUUCCAAGCGGAGAAGAAUGAAGAAGUUUUAAAGAAGAUGGAAUUAGAUUUAGGUAGUCAGAAACUUCAAAGAAGCUUACGAACAAAGCUUUCAAAUGUGGAACAACAAUAUGAAAAGUUAAUUGCAUUGAUGAUGCCACUCAAGACCAGAUUCUCCGAUCCACAGAAUAUGAUAUUUAAUAUAAACAAGGCCAUUCUUCGUCUUCAGUCAAAUGUGGUCAAAUGUGAAGGGAGGUUUUUGAAUCUUGAACGUCUCAAUUCAUCCACCAGCAAAGCUACUCAAAAACUCGUUGAUUAUACCCCGCUCACACAGGAAUCAAAGGCGGAUGAUUCAAGACUAUCUCAAUGGGAUUACGGGUUAGUUGAAGUAUGUCAGAAACCAGCACUUUUUGAAUAA